GCGGCGUCGAAGCACACAGAAUCAACGCCAUGCCGUCAUCCUGCGAGCUGGUCUUGCAAAGCGAUAGACCUAAUAAACACCAAAAAUCCUCUCGAGGGAGGUGUACCCAGACCUCGCUUCGGCGCUCAUGAACUGCCUAGACCUUGAUUGUCCCUGACUUGACUGAACCUAAAGUCGCAUGAGCAUGCACCCUUGUCUCGAGCACAGAUCGAUCCGAUCGGUAUCCUACGAAAGACGCCUACGAAAGACCCAGGUCUCGGUUGGGCCUGACCGUCACAAUACCUACAGAAUGGCGGGCCCCAGCCCAGAGCUGAGGUGGUCAGGGACCUUUGCGGUUGACACGCUGCUCAAGGGCCCGGCCGGCGACAAAAUCAACCUGCCUUCCUCCGCUCUCCAACAGCUGCUAGACGCGAACGCCGCCACCGCAAACGCCACCGCCCCGACUCGCUUCCCCAGCUUGGAGCAAAAUGCGCACAGCCUUCCGUAUCCCCUCAUGUUCCGGCUCGUCAACGAGACCAACGGCAAGGCUGUCCAUGCGGGAGUCCGCGAGUUCUCUGCCGAGGAAGGCCACGUCGUCUUGAGCCCGUUCCUCUUGGCAUCUCUCGGCCUCGAGUCCGGUUCAGAUGCCGAAUCCCUCCCGCGCGUCAAGGUGACAGCCCACCAACUACCAAAGGGCCACUAUGUCGGCCUGUCGCCGGCCCAAGACUACGCCGCCUACGAUCCCGCCGUUCUCGAGCCGCUGCUGGAGAGGGAGCUGAGACAAGGGUAUACGACGCUAUCGGUUGGAACCAUACUACACGUGCGGAGCGGUCUCCGAGACAAAUAUGAGUUUUUGGUGGAGAGUGUUAAACCAGAGGGGGAUGGCAUCUGCGUUAUUGACACCGACUUGGAGCUCGAUCUCUUGCGAGUACCAACAGCGACAGCUCAGGUGCCAGGCGCAAAGGCCGGGGGCAAGUCUGCCGAUUCGGCUACAGAAAAGAGCUCGGCCGGUGGGGAAAUUGGCAUCUGGAAGCCCGUCGAGGGCCAGGUCCAGCACAACGACUAUGUUGACUUCGAGCUCACGUCGUGGGAUAAAUCUCGCGGCCUGGUCAUUGAGGCAAAGCACGGAAUCGACCCGGACGCCAGCACCGAGUUUUUUCUCGACAUCUUCGUAAGCCCAAAGACAUGCCACCUGCGUGAGCGCCCUAGAGAGACUCAGUAUUGGACGGCCCAGAUGGGGCCAUAUACCACCCGCGACCCGACGAGACUCGAAAUACCGUCAUCAUCUUUUGGCAUGGAUGAAGAGAUUGAAAGCAUUAUGAUCUCUAUCUAUGGUUUCAGAGACGAAAGACUCGAUGCCAUAGGGACCAAGCCUCACAAAUUUUCCCUCGGCGUCAGCUCGCUGAAAGAUGACACAGGGGCAAAUGGGAGCGGAGAGAUGGCGGCCGACCCCGAGGAAGAGGACACGGCCAACAAGCAAAGAUGCGGCAAUUGUGGGCAAUGGAUAGCAAAGCAGAAUUUUGUCCUACAUCAACUGCGCUGCGCCCGCAACAAAAGCUGCGCCGUUUGCGGCCUGGUGGCCGGGGCCGAUGAGCUCAAGGAGCACUGGCACUGUUCUCUGUGCGCCGGCUCUGAUUCUGCCUUUGGGGACAGCCUUGUGAGCAAGGCAAAACACGACGGCCGCAUGCACCCGGGCGAGGCCCUCCGCUGUUCCUGUGCGCUAUCUCUCGAGUUUGACACAAUACCUGCGCUCGCACGGCACCGCGUGACCGACUGCCCGGAGAAGGUGAUCCUCUGCCGCUUCUGCCACCUCGAGGUCCCGCAGGAGGGCGACCCGACGGACCCCUCGAGCAUCGCGCAGACGGCCUACACGGGUCUGACGGCCCACGAACGUGCCGACGGCGCCCGAACUGCGGACUGCGACCUGUGUAACGCCAUAGUAAGGCUUCGCGACAUGGACUCUCACCUGCGCCACCACGAGAUGGACAAAAAGCGUCGCCCCAGGCCCGUGCUUUGCCGCAACGCCCUCUGCGGUCGCACCCUGCUCGGCGUCGGUCCCCGCGGUCAGGUCGGUCCUGCAGCGCCGGCGGCCACACCGGGGAGCCCCGGCAACGAUCUCGGCCUCUGCGCCACCUGUUUCGGCCCCCUGUACGUGUCGAUGCACGACCCAGAGGGCAAGGCGCUACGCCGGCGCGUCGAGCGGCGGUACCUAACGCAGCUCAUCACGGGCUGCGGCAAGGCGUGGUGCUCCAACGAGCUCUGCAAGACGGGCCGCGCCAGCAACGGUCAGGAGCCGCUUGGCGCCUCGACCUCGGCUGCUCUGCCGGUCGUGCGGCCGCUGGUGACGCCCGAGGAGCUGGCGGACCACUCGAAAAAGAUGCGGUUCUGCGUGGACGAGGCGGGGCAGCGUAACCUGGUGCUUGCCGAGAUGCUGGCGUCCGAGGGCGUUUGGGAGCUUGAGUGGUGCGUCGCUGCGUGCCAGGCCGAGGGCGACCGGGACAAGGCGAGGGAGUGGCUCCAGAACUGGGCUCCGAACAAGUACGAACAGGGGACGGGCUCGGCCGGUUUGCAUAAUCAGACAUUUGUAGACGUGGUAGCAUAGCCGUUUAGACACUUAUAUAGACAUGUAAUUUCACGACUAUCGAUGCCA